AGUAAUACAAGAGAACCAGUUCCUCGGGAAUUCUAUUGUCCUUAGAAAACAGCGAAGAAUAGUGCACUUCCGGCGGUUAUCCGUUCGUUUGUGUGGAUUUGCUGUUUAGUGUUUCGUGUGGACGUUAAAGUAAAAACAACUGUUUUCUUUUUGUUGGUCUGCGAUCCGAGCUAAAAGGGAAAGUAAAAUCGCCGCUGGUGCCCAACUCGAAAGCCAGCCAGCCAGCCAACUGCUGUACAACAAAUAUCAUUUCCGUGAUUGGUGAUUGCGAAACAAUAUUCCUGCGUAAAACAAUACAUUGCUAGACCUGGAGCCUACUCGACAAACACUUGAACUCUCCGUUGUUUGAACCAGAAUCACUGCGUCGGAUCCAUUUUCCCGGAAGUAACUGUGGCUGACGACACGGCGGCCGCCGACGUAGACCAACAGCCGGAAGCUGGAGAAGACGAGCGACAUUUGCAGCAGACGGAUGAAAACAAGAAAGCCACUACUAGUGUUAGCAGCCCGACUUUAAGCGACAGCCAAGAAGAACAGGAUAAGGUGGAACAGGACAGGACGUCCAGUCAAAAACAACAAAAACCGGAAACUCAACUACAGCAAAGGCAGAAGCCACAAAGUGAAGCACAGGCAAUGCCAUCGGCAGUCAGCGGUGGCGGCGGUGGCAAUCAUACCGGUGGAGGAGGCGGCGGAGGUGGUGGCAAUGGGAAUAACAUGAAUGCACAAUCGAACGAAGAAUGCGGUAUACGAGACGUCUGGCGGCAUAACUUGGACGAGGAGUUUCGCACUAUUCGACAUAUCGUGCAAAAGUAUCACUAUGUGGCGAUGGAUACAGAGUUUCCCGGGGUUGUGGCUCGUCCGGUCGGUGAAUUUCGCUCGUCGUCCGACUAUCAGUAUCAGUUCCUGCGCUGCAAUGUAGAUCUGCUGAGAAUUAUUCAACUGGGAUUGACGUUCAUGGACGAGGACGGACGUACGCCGACUGGUUUCUCUACUUGGCAGUUCAAUUUUAAAUUCAAUCUGAACGAAGACAUGUACGCUCAGGAUUCGAUUGAUCUUUUGCAGAACUCUGGUAUUCAGUUCAAGAAACACGAAGAGGACGGCAUUGAUCCACUGGACUUUGCUGAAUUACUGAUGACAUCUGGUAUCGUGCUGAUGGAUAAUAUUAGGUGGCUCAGUUUCCACUCAGGAUACGACUUUGGUUAUUUGUUGAAGCUACUAACGGAUCAGAAUUUACCAGCGGAGGAGAGCGAUUUUUUCGAGCUGCUGCGAAUCUAUUUUCCAACCAUCUACGACGUAAAGUAUUUAAUGAAGAGCUGCAAGAGUCUGAAGGGCGGCCUGCAAGAGGUUGCCGAUCAGCUGGAGCUACGCCGUAUCGGACCGCAGCAUCAGGCGGGCUCGGAUUCGCUGCUUACCGGGAUGGCAUUCUUCAAGAUGCGCGAGAUGUUUUUCGAGGACAACAUUGAUAACGCCAAAUACUGUGGACAUCUUUACGGAUUGGGCACGUCGUUUAUCGUAAACGGUAGCAGCAACACAAUCAUGAACAGUAGUGUUAACAAUACCACCAGCACUACACUGGGUACCAGCACAAUCACAAAUACUGGUUCGAACGUGGGCACUACCGGAAGCGGAAAUACAGCUGGUACUGGCGCCAACAGUAGUAAUGCCAACACGGUUGGUAACAACAACAGUAACAAUAACGCUAACAACAACAACAAUAAUAACACGAACAGCAGUAAUGCACCGAACUAUCACGACAAUGGCGAAACUAACGCGACAUCAUGAUUUCGUUUGUUGAUACGCUAGAAAAGCAGCGGCAAAAAAUAACAGACACUACCUAGUACUAACAUAACAAGCAGUCACAUAAACAACCAUUUACUGCGAAAACAGCAAACUUUGGAACGCAAAAAAUUCUUACAAGCAAGUACUUUUCUCUUCAAAGAAAAUAUUUAUUACAGCUUUAUUACUAUCUAUACCCAAAGUAUGUAACUAGAGGGCAAGAGCAAGAGAUCACUUAAAGUAAUCUGAGUCAGAAAAACAGAGAAACGAGAGCAAACUUUAACUAAUUUUAAGACAAGUGAAAGAAUAAACAUUUUAACACACAUUUCAUCUGAGACUCUGGGAGUCUCUGCGACAGACGUUAGGACGAAAUUUAUUGUUUUUAUUCUUCUUGACUAUUAUAGAGUAAAAAUAACUGCACUCCCUCAAAUAUUCAUUUUUUUUACUAUCCAACAAUCGACAAAUCCAAUUUGACUACUUCUUGCUUUUCGGGUAAAACCACUAGCGGUUUUUCCUUUGGUCAUUCAUAGAAUCUCGACUGUGGUUGAGAAAAACGAAACGAAACGACGAUAAACGGGGAACAGAAUAAGAAAAGUAAAAUUUAACAUCUUUCUCUAGCUGAAAGAACAUUUUAGCUUAUUUCGAAUCCGAUUGAGAAACAAACAUCAAGUUAAGCUGAGCACUUUAAAGCUAUUACACAUAGUAUAAAAACAAUACUGCAGACCGCUGUUAGCGAAAAUUCUUUGGUACACACACAAAUCGUAGAAACCAUAAGUGUCGUUAAGCAUUUAAAGUGAACAUCUAUCAGUUGAAGUCGAAUCGCCUAAACUAGGAAGAAAUAUCGCGCUAAAAUCACUUGCACUGUCAAAACACUGAUAGAUAACUGAAACGAAAAUAGUAAAAUAGUAGUUUCAUCACUAACUCUCUGAUGGAAUGAUACCUACAGAACAACAUUUAUUGGUAACA